UCCGUUUCCCAGAAGUCUCCAUAAGGCGUCUCCACGGCUGGGGCGGAGUAAGGAAGAGCUUCUGCGCAGGCGCAAUGUUCAGCUGGCGCUGGGAGCGAGCUGCGGUGUGCCCCGGGAGCCCAGGGAGAGGCGCACCACGAGAUUUACUGUCUUUCAGUUUUGCCCUUCCUCGAGAGGACAGUCCAGAGGAAGAGGGAAUGGCUUCUGUGGUUCUGCUGGCCAGAGUCCAGGAGGCAGUGACAUUCAAGGAUGUGUCUGUGGACUUUACCCAGGAGGAAUGGGGGUUCCUGAGCCCUGUUCAGAGGGAGCUCUACAGGGAGGUGAUGCUGGAGAACUACAGGAACCUGGUAUCCCUGGGGCUUCUGGAUCCCACAUCAGGCUCCAUCUCCUGGUUGAAAGAAGCAGAAGAGCCCCUGGCACAGGAUCUGCAGGGAAGGGCCCCAAGAAGCGCCCAUCCACCUGAAGGAGGCAGUUCCGGCAGGCAGCUAGGAGCCAGCACAUGGAACAGCCCGUCUGGGCCGUUGGCAGUUUCUUCAUUUGCCACCCCCGGAUCAGGAGACCUUUAGGCCCAUGGUAAACAAUGAAGAGGAUGGUUGAGUCAAGAGAGUGAAGACCUAGUUGUAGCCUUAUUCCUCAGUCACUGUUGUCUCUGGCAGUUGACCUCAUUUUGGGGUGUCCGGAUCUGCCACCCUAGACAAGGAUAUUGGUAAGCUCAAGACAGUGCAGAGGAGAGCGCUCAGGGGUGCAGGGGACCCAGAUGUCAUGAGCGUCAGCCAGAGAAGCUGGGAAGGUUUGAAGAGAAGGUUCAGGGGGAAUGAGAGCCAUGUGUUAGUAGUGGAAGGGUUGGCAUGUGAAAGAGGAUGGAAGUUUGUUCUGCUUUGCCCCAGAGGACAGAAUUAGGAGCCAUGUGUAGAGAUUACAAGAGGAAAAUUUAGGUUGAUGUUAAGAAUUACUCCCUAAUGAUUUGAGGUAGCCCACAGUGGAAUGGAAGCCUUUGAGGGCACCCUGGAUCGUUACAAUGUGUCCUGUAUGUUCUAGUUUAGAGAUUUUUUUUUUCUGGUAUGGGCUGGACUAGGUCACCACUGAGGUCCCUUCCAGCUCUAAAAUUCUGAUUCUGUCAUCACUCUUCCAUUUGUCUGCCCUUAAAUACUGGAAGACAACUCCCAUGUCCCCCAUUAGACUAUUUUUCUCUAGGCCAGAAUCAUCAGGUUCUUCAGCCAGUUGUCAUGUGAAAUUGGGGCCCUUCACCAUCCUCCUUCCCCUGCUUUGUUCACCAAACUUAACAGUGUAUCACCUAAUUUAUUACUGAAAAUGUAGUUUGACCAAGGCUGAGUAUGUAUAGCCAGUUUAUUAUCUCACUAGUCUAAGCAUCCUAUGCCUCUUCUAGUGUAGCCUGAGAUUGCUUGAUCUUUUCUGGGUUAGGAUGACUGUGGUGAGGGUCAGCUUAGCUCUCUGAGGUCCUUUAUAACUGAAAUUAAAAUUGUUUUCAUUCUCAA